AUGCCGACUAGAAGAGUCGUCUUCCCUCCAUCUAUAACCAGCGCCAAAAGGACCAUCGAGAAGAAGAAGCAGAAGAAGCAGAAGCAGAAGCAGAAGAAAAAGCAAAAGAUGGCUAUACCCUCCCUCUUCGCCACGCAGCCGCCGCUCCUCGACUCGCUGCAGACAGACACCUCCCGCUCCCAGGCAGAGGUGGUCGGCAGAUGCAUCCCCUUCCUGCGCGGCGAGGAGACCGGCCUGCCCCUCAACAGGCACGGCGUCCAGUCGCUGGCCAGAGAACUGCAUGUAGAGUACCUGCUGGAUGCCCUGGGGGAGUACCCGGGGCGCUUUGUCGGGCUGGACGCGAGCAGGCCGUGGAUGGUCUACUGGGCGCUGACGGGGCUGGCCCUGCUGGGCGAGGACGUCAGUCUUUUUAGAGAGAGUGUAUUUGUUGAUGAUGAUGGUAGAUUGGUUGCUACUGCGGCGCCGAUGCAGAGUGGUUCAGGGGGUUUUGGCGGCGGACAUGGACAGACGGCUCACUGUGCCUCCUCGUAUGCCAUUACCCUCAGCCUGGCCAUGGUGGGCGGACAGGAGGCGUUUACCUUGAUUGACAGACUUGCAUGGUACUCUCCCUACUCACUCUACUCUAUACUCAUUUCUGUGUUAUACUGA